GCUGAGACAUCGUCGCGACGACGGAGCCGAGCCGAGCCGAGCCGAGCGGAGCGGAGCUCCGUGACGUGGAGACACGACGACGACGACGACCGCGACGUCGUCACAGUUUCCCCCUUGACACGUACGCCCACAAAUCCGAGCGAACGACGAGAGAACGGGGAGACAGCGACGGCGAGAGCGAGUGUUUCGGAGGAAUCGAUCGCCGUCUCUCGCCGCGCCUCUCCGACCUAACGUUGGAAUUCGGAGCGGCAGCGCGUACGCUCCCGGGGCUGACGUCAUCAUCGCGUCGGCACAACCGUCGGGACGGUCCGCGCGCGCGUGCCCUUCCCCGUCUUCCUCCUCUCUACCCUCCUUCCCCUCCCUCCCCCCUCCUCUGCCUUCCGUCCCCCGUUCUCCCGAGACGGUGUGUGCCAGUCUCGCCGCUCCAACCCGCUCCGAGUCCAGCUCGUGACCAGCGGCGGUCCGCGCCCGGUGUUAGGUUCCUUUCCCAAUUUUUUUCCGCGUUCUUUUUUUUUCGUUCUCCUCCUCGUAAUCGUCCUCCACGUUCGAUCACGUUCUCCCUUUUCCCGGAGGGAAGAGUCGCGCGAGAACAUGAGCGAAAUAACGCGAGUGGUUGCUAGGUGUCACGGUCACGGGUGGUGAGACGCGAUAAUCGCGAAUCCUCUCUCCAGGGUGACGAGAGGAGAGCUCGUCGCCUCCGUCGUCGUCGUGGCUCGUCGUCGUCGGCCUCGUCAGAUAUCGAACCUUGGACGGUGCCCUACGUGUGUGUUCGUGCGUCACACGGUUUUUGAUCACUUGUGUUUUCCAUGACAUCUGCGCCGCGAAACCAAAGCUAAAUCCUUGAGAGUUCGCGUGAGAGAGAAUAGUGCAGUAAAAUGACUUUCAGGCACCCGACGGAGAAGCUCGAGGAGGAGGAGGAGGAGGAGAUCGCGGACUCGCAGCGCGACAUGUCGUACCAUCGCAGCGGUCAGGCGGGCGCCGUAGCGGUCUCGUACAGCACCAGUCCGAUGGCACCGCACUCACCGAGCCGUAGGUACUCGAGCGGCACCGGCAGCGGCGGUGGCAGCUCCACCAGCUCCGGGAUCAGCAGCUCGACGUCCAAAUUCACCGGGUACCGCUCUACCGGCUCGUCCUCGCUCCUGGACCGGCCCACCAGCUUCUACACGUCGUCCUCGUCGAGCUCGAGCCUGCGCUCCAACUAUAUCUCCUCGGAAUACAGGCGGUCCUAUUGCGCGCCAGGAAGCUUCUACCCGUCGGCUUCUACCGGCACGAGUGCCCGCAGGAACUACUCGUCGGAGUACAGUCGAUCCACCUGUUCACCUGCAAGGUCAGUCUCGUCAUCGACGUACGGAGAUACGGGCGGCAGCAACAGCAGCGGCACCGCAUUGGCAGCAGCGACAACGAUCGUUAACGGUACCAGCAGCGGCACUAGCAGAUACAUCCCGUCGACAUCGGGCGCCACCGUCAACAGUUCCACAUCCUCGUCGAGAGAACGCAGCGUCGUCGUCGACCCUGCCGCCGACAUCAUUAGCAGGUACUCACCAGCCAGUUACGUGCCCAGUAUUCAACGUCAACAGCAGGCGGCGAGCAGUAGCAACAGCAGCAGCAGCGGGCAUCAUCACUGGAGGCAGCACCGUUCGACGUCGUCGUCGCUGAACGAGUUGUUCGGCGGUGACGAGCGCGAGGUCGAGCGCAAGGAUCUCCGCCUCUUGGAGUCCUCGCUCUCCUCGUCGUCCUCCUCCUCGUCCGUAGCCACCAGCGCGGCGGCCGGUCUAUGGUCCAAGUCCGGCAAGAGAAGGCCGCCUACAAGCGGCGGCACGGUGCUCACCACCGGCAUUGGACAUGCGCGCACCACGGACAGCUCCGUGUCUCUCGCCGAGGUAACGUCCACCGUCGACGAUCGCGUUACCCGUAAACCGGACGACGACGACGACGACGAAAACGAUAGUAUUAGAGACAACAACGACGAUCAGCAUAACAACAACGGCAACACGGGGCGCGACGGCGAUGAUUUCGCGUGUGGAUACGUGGGCGUUAAUAACAACGACGACGACGACGACGACGACGAGCGUGACAACGACAACGACGAGAACGAACACGGCGACGAAGACGAGGACGAAGACGUGAACGGCGACGACGACGACGCGAAUCUCAACAAUUGCCGUCACCGCUUCCACCAGCAGCGUCGCCAUCGACCAGACGAGGUUCUCUUACCCGUCGCUAAGCGUAACGUUCUCUCAUCCGCUGCCGCCGCUGGUGGUAGUGGUGAUUUGAUUGGUGUUAGCAGCCUUGACCUGUUAACUAACCUCGCCACUAAUCCUCAUAACACCGAGCUGCUGAUCAAUAACAACGCUCAGGACAAGGUGACAGGUGGGAAGGAGGAGGUCGCCGAGAUUGCGAUUGCGACGAACGACGAGGUAACGCGCGACGCCGACAAUGUCACGUCGUUCGUCACGUUUCUGCAACGCGACCGGCGGGACAUUCCCGAGGACGACGACGAGGAGGAGAGCAACGUGUCCGACGGCACGGACGAGAUCGACUUCGGCCGGACAACGAUUGACAGCGUGGCGGGUAGGCCGAACGGCGACGACCCGUCCGUCCCGUCGACAUCGAGGCGAACCGAUCAGCCCGGUCUCUUCUCUGCGACUACUGCGAGCUGCAGCAACCUGACGCCGUCACCGACAAAUCCAUCCACGGCGCAUCAAAGUAUCUAUCGCGGAGUCAACGAGCAAUACGAGGGAAGCCCGACUAAUAGACCGGCGCGUAGUCGUUUACAGGCUCUUCGCGACGAACGAUGUGGUCUAAACGGCUUGCGGAAUAUUGGAAAUACAUGUUUUAUGAACAGCGUGAUCCAAUGCUUGAGCAACACGAGACCUUUGCUAGAAUAUCUGCUGAACGAACAAUACCUGGUCGACAUAAAUACUACGACGUCCAGCAUGAAAGGCGCCCUGAUCAAAGCGUUCAGUCAAGUGAUUCACGAAUUGUGGGAGGUGGGCGGCGAUCACGUGGUUAACACGACCGCGCUCAAGUCUCAGAUACAGAGAUUCGCGCCACGUUUCAUGGGCUACAGUCAACAGGACGCUCAAGAGUUUCUCAGAUACUUGCUGGAGGGUUUGCACGAAGACGUCAACAGAGUCACCACAAAGCUACCACCUAUACAUGGCGACAUACCUGACAGUUACACGGAUAUGCAAAAAGCGGUGGAGAGUUGGAAACGAUAUAUUCGCAGUGAAGAUAGCACAAUAGUCGACGUAUUCGUCGGGCAAUUACGUUCAUCUUUACGUUGCACUUCUUGUGAUCACGUAUCGGUCACCCUCGAUCCGUUUUGGGACCUGAGCUUACCGAUACCAGCCAGAAGUGGCACGGUAAAGCUGAGCCAAUGUUUGGAGCACUUCACUCGGGAAGAGGUGUUGGACGGCGACGAGAAACCAACGUGUUCUAAAUGUCAGAUGAGAAGAAAAUGCACCAAGAGCUUCAGCAUACAGAAAUUUCCAAAAAUUUUGGUUAUUCAUUUGAAACGUUUUUCCCCGAUGGAACGCUUUCGCGGCAAGCUAAACGUGAUGGUGGACUUUCCAUUAACAGGUUUGGAUCUCAGUGCCUUUGCCGCCCCGAGAGUCCCGGGCUGCACGUACAAUUUGUAUGGGGUUGCGAAUCAUUCGGGCACCACGUAUUCCGGUCACUACACCGCGUACUGCAAGCACCCAUACUCGGGGGAAUGGCAUGAGUAUAACGACAGCCGAGUGUCCGUCGUGUCAACGCGAUCGGUCGUUUCCAGUGAAGCCUACGUACUAUUUUACGAACAACAGCCUCACAGUUCUCACUUGUAACCUUACGCCAUACCUAGAGAGUAAACAACCAUCUUGCCUCUCUCGAUACCUCAGCUCAGCCUAGUAAAAAAAACUCUGUCUUCUGAUGUUGAUUGAAAAGCGACUAAACACUGAAAGAAACUUCAGAGGCAGGAGAUCGUUUGUGAUUCCUUUCUCCUGGACAAGUGAUUUUAUUGGCGAUAAUCGUGUCUCUUCCCGUAAAAUACGUGUCUUGAUACGUAGUAUCGCAUACGUGUAACGCCUUUUCACAAAAGAUUACUCACACGUAAAUCAAUAUAAUUGAUGAUUCAACAUAAUUGACAUGCACACGUGUUAUCGACAUAGAAAAGUUAUUUCCGCGCAUCAUGUUUGAUCUUGUAUAAAAAUUAUUUUUUUACGUAAUGUUUUUGCAAGAUUUAUUUUAUACGCGUUGCGAUCGUGUUUGAAAUAAAAGACGAUCUACUGUUUUUAUUCAUUACUUGAACUGCGCAUGGGAAAUAUGCAUUUCCAGAAGAGAAGGUACGAGAUCGCCAAAAAUCACACACAUGCAAUUGCUUCGGAUGUCUAGUUACUUUUGAAUAGACAAGUAGUGACACAUUUUUCUGUCUCUUUUUCUCACACUUCAUUGAACACGUGGCGGCAUGCAGCCAUUUACUUUUGUAAAAUAUUUUGUUUAAUAUAUAUAAUCACAGUCAAGAGUUA